UUUUUGUGCCGGCAGCGGUACGAGCUCGGAGGCUUGGCGGGCUGCUCCGACGCGGAACAGCAAACUACGCUCGCGGCAGCUACUAGUACCCUGCGUAUCCCAGGGGACAAGGGUGUAUGGGAGGAAGCGGCUGGCGGACGGAGCCACGCUUCUGCCCCGCCGCCGCGAAGCUGGGCGGCGGACAAAUUAUCAGCCUGGCAGGAUCCGGAACACCCGGCAUCUAGUGGCCUGCCGCGGUGCGGGCUCCACGACGCCCCUGCCAGACGCAUCAAGAACUCGCCACCGCUCGGACGUCCAUUCUCCGUGAUUUGUUCGGUUUCGUGCGUGUUUCUUCCGCAAGAUGAUCCAAGAUGCUCUUCGACUGUCCUCGUCGAGAAAAAUGCACACGUCCGAGCGAUGACAAGAGAAGGGCACGGGCACAAGCGCUCGGAGGUCCGCGCGGAGAUUCUCGGAUAGGCACGGGCCCCCCUCCGUGGCACGCGGAGAGCGCCAGGGACGGCGCCGGCGGCGCCGCCGGCGACGCCACCGGAGGGGGGGGGGGCAGCGCGGAUCCCAGACUCCCGCGAGGCCGUGAUUUUUUAGAACGUGGGCCCGUGGAGGUCUGGACUGGACCCCUUCCUCGGGACCAAUCUCCCAUCCCAGCUCGUUUUCUGACGGU